AUGAGCCGUGAAGACGAAUACGAUUAUCUUUUCAAAGUUGUUCUUAUUGGAGACUCGGGUGUCGGCAAGACCAACUUGCUUGCCCGCUUUACCCGGAACGAAUUCAACCUUGAAUCCAAGAGUACCAUUGGUGUCGAAUUUGCUACUCGUAGCGUUCAAGUUGACAACAAGACUGUAAAGGCUCAAAUUUGGGAUACGGCGGGUCAGGAACGGUAUCGUGCGAUCACAAGUGCGUAUUAUCGUGGAGCUGUCGGCGCUUUGCUGGUCUAUGACAUUGCCAAAUACGCUACAUAUGAAAAUGUGACUCGUUGGCUCAAGGAAUUACGAGAUCAUGCCGACUCCAAUAUUGUCGUCAUGUUGGUGGGUAACAAGAGCGAUUUGAGACAUUUGCGUGCUGUCCCCACCGAGGAAGCAAAACAAUUUGCUGCUGACAAUGGACUCUCAUUCAUUGAAACAUCCGCCCUGGAUUCAAGCAAUGUUGAGCUUGCGUUUCAACGCAUCUUGACAGAAAUCUACCGCAUCGUCUCCAACAAGGCGCUUGAAUCAUCGGGUGAACAAAUCAAACCCACUGCUGGUGAGACCAUCUCUGUGUCUCAACAACAGAAUGAGCAAAAGCAAGGUGGCUGCUGCUGA